AUGGUGCAUCUCGCUGCUGUCGCAGCGGAGGUGAUCUCCGAACAGACGUCCCGUCUGUUCGUCGACAUGGUGUUCAAGCACUUGGCAUGUCCAGCGCCUUUGUGUAGGGUCGCGAUCCGCGCUUUACAGCGCGUUUCUAAGAAGAAGUGUUCACACUUCUUGGAACGCAGUUCUCAAUGUCGACUGUGGAUCAUCCGCAGACCCGCGCCGCCAGCGUCCUGUUCGUCUCGCGUGGACUUGCUGAAGAGCUACGCCCAGUACUGGAGCGAUUAUUUGCCGAUGGCCGAGUUUGCCAUCAACAACGCGGUGCAUGCCUCGAUUGUGCAUACACCGUUCUUCGUAAACGCCAUGCGGCAUCCACGCCUUCCGAUCAUGCUCGGGCCUCGGCUUCCAGCGGCAUAG